AUGAUGGAUAGUUGUAUAUUGGAAGGUCAACCGCUGUCUAAGCGGUCUCUACGUGCUAUUGUGGAGUCAUACAAAGAUGGUCCUCAAUUGAUGGAGUCUAUAAGGCAGGCCCAGGCAGAUCAAGAUUUCUCUACAGUAUUCAUAAAAGAGCAUGAAGGUUAUGCUCAGCUACAUGGUACUCAUACCUCUUCAAUUAGGACGUGCCACAAUUUGAGACAAUCUAAAGGUGGCGGUGAACUGUUCCUGUUCAUACAUGGUUUAGGUGGAACCCUCGAACAAUUCGAGCCGGUGCUAAGAGAAUUGGAUCAAAGAAAUAAGAGCUUCUUGGCGUUUGACCUGCCCGGUUUUGGUAAGAGUGAUGAAUGGGACCAGUAUCCGAUGCUAGAUGUUGUAAAGUCCAUUGACUGGCUGAUACACCAAUUAACGAACAAUCUAAAAUUUGAGAAGCUUAACCUAAUUGGGCACUCUAUGGGGUGCUACCUUGCAGUUCACUUCUAUCUAUUAUUUCAUGAAUCCUGGUGCAUUAGCAGACUUGUUCUCUUGGCACCGCCAAAGCCCAAUGUCGAUCAGUUAUCGAAAAGUAAAUACUUGAUUCAGUUCGGUUUACAAACUGGUUUUAGGUUCCCAUGGAUGUUUGACAUAUAUAGGACAAGAUUCGAUCAAUCUAAGGGUUUAUCAAGCUCAGGAAUCAAACAAUUCUUUUAUCGUGACGGCGAUAUCACAGAUAAAUAUCGGAAACUCUGGCAAUUUCACAAUAAUGUUCAAAUCAAAAGCCGAAGCAUCUUUGGAUACUUUCUUGGUUGGGAAGAGAUUGAUUGGAAUGUAUUAAAUAGGGUACUCUCUCACCAGGAAUCCAAGACAAAGCUGCUAAUUUUAUGUGGUGAGAAAGAUACCAUUACCCCAGAGAAAUACUCUCGUGAGAUUUAUGACCUUCUCAGUGAUGUGCCGUCUAAGGAAAUUAUCACCAUUCCAAACUGUGGUCACAACCUGUGCUUUGAUUUGCCAGAGGUGGUGAACCAGAUAUUCUGUGAUAGUAUUCUCCAGUAA